AUGAAUGGGCGGGUGCUGCACCAGGAGGAAGUGGUACGAGUCCACGUGGCGUCCACGACGACCGCCACGGCCGCCUGCAGCACCUCCAACAACGGCCCGCCGCCGCCGCCGCCGCCGCGCCGCGUCCUGCUGGUCGACCAGCGCGGCGGCCGCAUCGCGGGGCCUCUCCAGCACGAGGCCGGCGGGGAGUUUACCUUCGAGCUGAUCGAGAAUUACCCGUCUCUGGGUCUGUCGGCGGUGCAGGACGGGUCCGGAACCAUCAUUAACUGGCGGGGGGCGCGGGGGGCGGCCGCGCGCCACCACCGGGUCAAGCGGAAGGACAAGGACAAAGACCUGCUGGAUUCCGACAGCAUGAAGUCCCCCAAGAACAAGUCGGUGAUGGACCCCUACCUGCCCGCCUACCAGCAUCUGCUCUGUGACCUUGACCUUGUUGCUUCCUCUCUUCACCUGAAAAACUAUCCUGUGUGUGAGAAUGACCUCUACGAUGUCAACACACUAGGUCAUGUCUCGGUGCCGCCCCCUGACGGCGAUGUGGAGGAGGAGCGUGACCGGACCGAAACUCGCGGGCCGCUGCCGCCGCCGCCGCAGAUCACGGACCACCAGGCCCGGGCCGCCCUGCUGGCCCACGUGGCGGACCGCUGCUGCUGGGGCUCGGGGGCAGCCAAGAAAAUGGCCAUCGCCAAGAUCAACUACGAUUCUGCCUUCCACUACGAGCUGCAGACGUUCACGGAGAAGCGCGAGACCUCGUGGGCCUUCACCCCCUACGGCGGCGGAGACGUGGACGGACCCAGCAACGGCCCCGCGCCUCUGCCGUGGGACGUGGAGGCGCGACCAACGCACAUGUUCCACGACGAAGUGAAAGUAGUCCAGGUGCCCCACACCGCCUCUGUUAAGGAGUGCCACAGGUGCAAGGGCACGGGGUCGCUCCAGUGCUCCGAAUGCCACGGCAAAGGAUGGACCCGCUGCCUGUCCUGCCACGGCGAUGGCUGGUACACGGACUCCUCGGGCUACAAGGAGCGUUGUUUCUACUGCCAGUCCUCGACGCAUGGCCACGGCCGCCAGGACUGCCUCAAGUGCAACGCCAAGGGCCGCGUCGCCUGCCCGCCCUGCGACAGCUACGGCCAGAUCCGCUGUUUCAUCAGACUCACUAUCACCUGGAAAGUGAACACCUCAGAGCAUAUUGUCAGGAAAGGUGGACUGCCCGAGGAACUGGUGAAGGAAGUGUCAGGACAAGUUGCCUUUGAAGAAGAAGGUCCACGCAUUUUCCCCCUGACCCAGUUUCCUGAUAACACAAUCAACCUUGCCUCAGCACAGCUCGUUAAUAGUCACAAGAACAAGUUUGUUGACGAGCGGAUCUAUGGACAGCGUCAUCAAGUCCGCAUUGUUCCAGUGGCCGAAGUCGAGUAUGGUUUCAAAGGGGGUCCAGGCAAAUUUUGGGUGUAUGGCUAUGAGAAUAAGGUACAUUCUCCUGACUACCCACAGACCUGCUGUUGGGGCUGCUGCUGUGUCAUGUAGUCCCUGAGCCUUACAUGGCAUUAUAAAAUAACACGUGGCUAUCCUUUCAACAGUUUUGAAUUAUCAGAAAAGUCUCUCUAGACUGUUCAAUAUAAGGCUAUUUCACACACACACAAAAAAAAUUCUGACUGUCUCUCAAAUGUUCCUGUCUACUGUUUUCCAGGGAGUAAAAGUUUAUGGUAAGUUUUUUGAGGAUUUAUGGAAAACUGUGCAGGGAUUACAUUCCUGGGAACAUUUUUUGUUUUUGUUUUUGUUUUUUUUUCUUUCAUUUAUGGUGCAAUGAUUCAUUUUCAAACAAUAAGCCUUUUUUUAAAUAAGUAAUCCUAUCCAUCACCAAUAUAUCUUGUACAAUUGGUAUUUUGUUCACUGGAUAAUUUUAAUACUUCAAUAUCACUAUUGCAUUCAUUGCUUCUUGUCAGUAAAUUAUUGCAAGUGACAGUGAGGUCUUAUGCCACAAUUGGUAACAUAAUAUAUUAAUGGCAUAGAUGUUAAAGUAAACCAAAAGCAGAGAUUAUGGAAUAGGUUCAUCAACAAUUAAAAGAAGGGUUUAUUCUCCCUUCCCUCUGUGUAUUGUAAUGUAGAGAGCACGAAGGAAAUGCUUUGAAUGCUAGAUUUUGCUUUAUGUGAAAGUUAUUAUCACUUCUUUUUUUUUCAAGCAUUUGGAUAACCAUUUAUUACGGAUGUCUGCAGAUUGCAUUAUCUUCUUAAAUAAAAGAGAGAAAGAUCAUAGACUAUAUAAGUCAUGUUGUCACAGAAAAGUAUCAGUAGACACAAAGGGAAAUAUAUAUUUUGGUGUGAUGAAAACACAACACAGUCCAGACCAAAAGCCAUCCAUAUUAAUAUCAAGAUUCAUGAGAAUUGUCAUUUGCCGAUGAAAAUGUACAUUGUGCAUGAUUGUUAGAAGCUGAGUGACUUUUUGCCAAUACAGUAUAGUAGUUUUCACCAAAUUAUUAACUAUUAUUGCAAUACAGAAAUAGGACUUGGUCUCUAUCAUAUUAGCAUCUCCACAUCAAUGUGUAAGGAAAUUUUGGCACCUCACUUAUUUGACAGAUAUAAGAAAAUAUAUUGUUUUUAUAUGGUCUAGCCAUUGAACUGCCAAGCAUAUUCA